UUUCCUCCUGCACCCCGCAGACGUUAGACGCUCAGCCAGCUUAGAAAUCUGGGCUUGUAUUUAGGCACUCGCAAAAACCUAACCUUAUGGAAAAGGCGCUUGUGAAAAACCCAGCCUCGUAACCCGUUACCCCUGUCCAUCUAGCAGCCCAGCUGGGAAAUCUUCAGUUUCUGGCUCUGACAUUUGUUGUCAUGUCCCCUGAAAGUUUUGUUAUUCAGCUAAGUGCCAGAGGGGCAGGAGGUUUUUACGAGGUGCUUCUUACCGUACGCGCAGGGAGGGGGAAUGUCCCUACAGUAAGAGCGACAUGUAUAAAAAAGGGGAAGCCGCAUUCAAUGGAUCAGUCGCUCGCUCGUCUCACUGAGCGCACAGCUAAGAUGAUGGUCGCUUGUCUGCUCCUCUUCAGUGUCUGGACCGUUGCGUCAGGCUCUGUGCAGGUGAUGCACAGAAAGGUCCAGUCGGUCCAGGCAGGAGGAAACGUUACUUUUUCGUGCCGGUUGGUCACAAAAGAAGAUGUGCUACAGGUGACCUGGCAGAAGGAGACAGACGGGGCUGAAGACAACAUAGCGACUUAUAGUACGAUGAAUGGCCAAAAGAUAGCAAAGGGCUAUGUCGGCCACGUGAGCUUUGCCCACACUGAGUUACAAGUCUCAGCCAUCUCUCUUCAUGGUGUCACCCUCCAAGAUGAAGGAUGCUACAAGUGCAUCUUCAACACGUUCCCCUUGGGGGCUGUCUCUGGCAGGAUGUGUCUCAAGGUUUACGCCAUCUCGGACCCCAAAGUGGAGGCUAAGCUCAUACCCAGUCCAGACAAAGCUGAGGACUCUGAGAAAGUGGUGGCGAUGAGCUGCUCAGCAACAGGGAAGCCAGCUCCAAAAAUCACCUGGCACCUUCCCAGCAUCCUGCAGCAGAAACCAAGGGAGUACCACAUCAAGCUUGGCAAUGAGACUGUGACCGUCAUCAGCAAUUUCACCCAUGCCCACCCCAAAAUCCUCCAGGAGUACUCCAUUGCCUGCGUGAUCCAACACCCCUCUCUAAACGUGACCCUGGUCCUGCCGACGGACAGCCUGGUGCAGGGUCCAGACAGCAGCGUGGCACCGGCCAUUGCCAUUGCAGUGGGGGUGCUGGUCACCCUCGCUUUCCUCCUCCUUCUCGCCUGCCUCCUCCGCCGCUGCCUCAGGCACCUACGUGACCCAGAGAGAAACCCAGCCCGGCCGUGCUGGGUCCUUCCUGCCUGUACUAAGGCCAAGAAGUGCGGGCAGUAUGGUGCUGCAGGCAGGCAGGCUCCCGCAAUGACCCCCAGCCCCGGCCCGCUGCUGAACACCUGAGCAGCUGCCUGCCCUACACAUGCAAGAGAGAAACGUCUUACAACGGUACCUUGGGCUUCCAAGCAAACCUGCUGUGACUCACUCCAAGAGAAAUACAAAAAAGGACAAUUUAUAAUAGAUAUUUAUUUAUUUUGUUACACUAUAAUAUUCCAUUUUGUAGAAAAAAGCUGUAAAGUAUUUAUUUGAGACUCAGGCUGACUGUGUGGGUCUGCAUAAUGAAACUGAUGUUUUGUAUUUUCUGGGGGUUUGAAUGUUAUGUUUAUUCCUUUCUGAUAUUUUAACAUUGCAAGCUUAAAACUGGGUGGGGGAUUGUCUGAAAGAGGGCAGCAUUUUGUAGGGGUGCUGGCCUGGGUGGUGUUGCUGGUGGGCCAAAGGAGACCCUGGCCAGGAGCCGGGGUGCAGACAACCCAUGGAGCAGCCUAGCACGCUGCUGUGAGCUUUGGGUGUCGAACCUGUUCCCCAAAGGGCACGAGAGAUCAGGCCAAGACUGCAGCCAGCCUGAACUUGUAACCCAGGAGCCAAGAGUGACAGGCUUCAAGCCAGGAGUCAUCAGGCAUGAGGAAGUUACCAACUCCAACUUUCACCAACCUUUCCUAGAAAGUAAUAAAAAAAAGCAACAGGCACAUAGACGUUUCCUUCUCCUCUCUUCUUCUGUGGUUUCCACUGCUCCCUUCUUAAUUUCCCUAAUCC